AUGAAACUGACGGUAAAAGAUAUUGAUUUUCAGUUGCAGUAUAAAUAUAAAAUUUUUAUAGUGAAAUUAAACAAAUAUAAUUAUAUAAUUUUUAUUGCAAUACUGAAAUUGUUUAAUAAAAUAUAUUCCAACGAACGUAGUAAUACGUAUAUAUUAUCAGUACUUUUUAAAAAAAUGUCUGGAUCUUUAUGUUGUAAAAUCAGUAAUAUUAAUUGGUAUAAUUUGUUAAAUAGUGAGAAACAAAUUCGAUAUAAAUCGUACAAACGUUUUUUGGAUUAUUCAAGAGUACCUAAGCUUGAAGAAAGUGAUUUACAAGAGCAAUUUGUGAAAGGAUCUGGACCAGGUGGCCAAGCAACUAACAAGACAUCUAAUGCAAUAGUUUUGAAACACAAACCUACAGGAUUAGUUGUAAAAUGUCAUGAAACUAGAAGUUUAGAUCAAAAUAGAAAAAUUGCUAGAAAAAUACUGUUAACAAGGUUAGAUAAUUUAGUUAAUGGUCAAAAUUCUCUUCAAAAUCAAAAGGAACAAUUAAUGAAAAGAGAUUCUAUUAAGAAAAAACAAAAGAAAAAAAAACUUGAAGAUUUAAAAAAUGCAUUCGUAGAACGCGAGAAUUUAAAAUAAUCAAGAAUAUAACGUAAUAAAUUUAAAAAAAUUUUUAGUUUAAAUAUUUAUAAUAUGCUGCCUAAUAAAAGUUAAGUUAAAUGUUAUAUACUAUAACAUUAAAUUUAUAUAUUAUAUCAUAAUUAAAUAUAAAACAAGAAAGGUUAGGAGCAUGUAGAAUCCAUCCGUUAUAAUUUUUAAUGGAAAAUUCAUAUCUUUAAUAGUCAUCUCUUUUUUGAAAUCGCAAAAGGCUUGCAUUUUUUUUUUUUUUGAAUAAAAUAUUUAGGUGGACCCUCGCAAGGGAAUUCAAUAUAUAUGUAUAUAUAUUGAAUAUAUAUAUUACAUUCAAUGAUGUGUUUUAUAACAGAAAAUUAUUGUUACACUACAAUAAAGCUUGUAUACAGCAUUGCGUAUUCUAAAGCCUGCUUUUUAUGAAUAAAAAUAACUUCUUUCA